GACUCAGAUCGUAAGCUUUUUUCAUGCUUGGUGUACCGACUGGGAGUUGGGAGCUUCUCAGACGUGACAAACUAACUGUAUACGACAAAAGCCGUCGCAUUUUGUACGCCAGGCCCCGAGUUUCUGCGCGAUUCCUAUUCCAAUCCAACACUCCAUGGCCGAGUUUUCUGAUAAAUCGCCCCGAGUUUUCUGCGUUGGCACGGCUGAUACGAAACUCGACGAGCUCCGAUUCUUGGCGGAGUCUGUUCGAUCCAGUCUCAACAACUUUUCCAAUUCACAGGUACAAGUUGUGGUGGUUGAUGUUUCUACGGCACAAACCGAUGAGAUUGAAAGUUUGUCAGAUUUUACAUUGGUACCAAGGAAGGAUGUUCUUUUCAGCUAUUUUGGAUCAAUUGGGAAAAUCCCAAGUUCGCUUCCAGAUGAUAGAGGUAAAGCUGUUGCAAUAAUGAGCGAAGCACUCAAACAUUUGCUACAAGAAGCUCAGAAGAAUGAUGUGCUUGUCGGAGUUAUUGGCCUUGGAGGAAGUGGGGGCACAUCUUUGAUUUCCUCUGCUUUCAGAUGCCUUCCCCUUGGAGUGCCUAAGGUAAUUGUCUCUACUGUAGCAAGUGGGCAAACUGAACCUUACGUUGGGACAUCUGAUUUAGUAUUGUUUCCGUCAGUGGUUGAUGUUUGUGGGAUUAAUAGUGUAAGUAGGGUUGUGUUAUCAAAUGCUGGAGCUGCUUUUGCUGGAAUGGUAACGGAGAGGCUUGUGAGGUCCAAAAAUUCUACUAAGACUAAUGAAAAACUUACUGUUGGUUUAACCAUGUUUGGAGUUACCACACCAUGUGUAAAUGCUGUCAAAGAUAAAUUGCAUAAAGAAGGCUUUGAGACCAUGGUUUUCCAUGCAACAGGAGUGGGAGGUAGGGCUAUGGAAUCUCUUGUUCAAGAGGGAUUUAUACAGGGUGUUUUGGACAUUACAACAACAGAAGUUGCGGAUUAUGUAGUUGGGGGUGUUAUGGCAUGUGAUAGUUCUCGGUUUGAUGCCAUUGUAGAAAAAAAGAUUCCUUUAGUUCUGAGUGUGGGGGCCUUGGAUAUGGUAAACUUUGGAGCUAAGGACACCGUACCUUCUGAGUUUCAGAAAAGAAAAAUUCAUGUACAUAAUGAGCAGGUUUCACUUGUGCGAACCACAGUACAUGAAAAUAAGAAAUUUGCUGCCUUCAUAGCUGACAAACUGAAUAAGGCAUCAUCAAAUAUACGUGUUUGCCUACCGCAAAAGGGUGUUUCUGCUUUGGAUGCACCAGGGAAGCCCUUUCAUGAUGCUGAGUCUACUGGCAUUCUUCUAAAUGAACUACAGAAGCUUAUACAGACAAAUGAAAAUCGACAGGUAACUUUGUAUCCUUAUCACAUCAAUGACCUGGAGUUCGCAGAUGCGCUGGUUGACUCAUUUUUAGAAAUUAGUACGAAGAAUGCUACUCCUUCCACACCUCCCCAUAAUGAUUCUAGCGCAGCCAAUCAAGGCCCUUCUGAUGAUCGUGCUUCAGAUAUGAAUCUUCUGAGCCAUCAGAGCAUUUGUUACAGCCCUGCAAAUUUCCCCGAUGCUAAACCAGAGACAUUGACAAGAACUCAAACAAUAUUGCAGCAACUGAGGGAUCAAAUUGAUAAAGGAUUACCCAUAAUAGGGGCCGGUGCAGGGACUGGAAUAUCUGCGAAAUUUGAAGAAGCUGGUGGUGUUGAUCUAAUAGUUGUGUACAACUCAGGACGUUUUCGCAUGGCCGGUAGGGGUUCUUUAGCAGGGUUGUUGCCUUUUGCUGAUGCCAAUGCUAUAGUGCUAGAGAUGGCUAAUGAAGUACUGCCAGUGGUGAAGAAGGUACCAGUUCUUGCUGGAGUAUGUGCAACUGAUCCAUUUCGCCUGAUGGGCUACUUUCUAAAGCAGUUGGAGGCAAUUGGAUUCUGUGGAGUGCAAAACUUUCCAACUGUUGGGUUGUUUGAUGGCAAUUUUAGGCAGAAUCUUGAGGAGACAGGGAUGGGAUAUGGUGUGGAGGUCCAGAUGAUUGAAAAGGCUCAUAGGAUGGGUCUGUUAACAACUCCUUACGCUUUUAACCAAAAUGAAGCUAGGGAAAUGGCAAAAGCUGGAGCUGAUAUCAUUGUGGCCCAUAUGGGGCUUACUACAUCAGGCUCUAUAGGUGCAAAAACUGCUGUUUCAUUGGAGGAAAGUGUGCUGCGUGUACAAGCUAUUGCAGAUGCUGCCCAUAAUAUCAAUCCAAAUGUUAUUGUGCUCUGCCAUGGAGGUCCUAUAUCUGGUCAUGGGGAGGCAGAAUUCAUACUGAAGAGAACCAAGGGAGUUCAUGGGUUCUAUGGUGCAUCAAGUAUGGAGAGGCUGCCAGUCGAACAAGCUAUAAAAAGCACAACGCAGCAAUACAAAUCAAUUUCCAUCAAGUGAACUUCAAAUCCGUCCAUUUGUUGAAGCUUUUUUUUGGUGAGUGUUUAUAAUCUCUCUCUCCUCUCUUCAUGUCAUAAAAAGUGAGGACUAAUGGUUUACAGUUCAGUAUCGUGAUUUUGAGAAACUUCUGAGUUGUGUAACUAGGGUUUGCAAGAAGUUGAUUAUGUGAACUGUGCAUUACUAAGUGAAUAAUACUACUCAAAAGGAGUGUCAGUGCAUAUAUAAUACUGCUUGAUUUUGGAAA